AUGGGCUCGAAAUGGUUCAUCAAUUUUGUACAGCUGCCGAUUGAUCACACCGACCUGGACCUGGCUCAGAUACCGUAUCCGAAGACCGAGUACUUCAUCCACUUCGUGUACCGACUUGCGGAGGUGGGCACCGUACUCGGAAGUGCCGUAGCUGGGCCGCUGUACAACAAGUACGGAAAGUGGAAACUGAAAAGGCCUUGUAGUGUAUUUGGCGUUGUUGGUCUAGUGACAGGCGCCGUACUGUCCCCAUUGGCAGAGUUUGCUUGGAUCACGAUGAAUGGGAUGAGUGUUGAGGAUGUUCGCCGCCGAUGUUAUCUGCUGCGGUACAACAAGAAGCAGCUUUUCACCGACAGAACCGUCACCGUAUUUGGAGGCAUGGGAUACUGGAUGAACAGCUACACGGGUUUGGUACAAGGAGUGAACAUAGCACUCGCGUUUACGAUAUUCUACAAUACAGUGCUGUGGAAUUAUGCCCCUCAUUCGAUCAGGGAUUAUCGUGAAGAGAUCCCAGAAGAACUGGUCAUACCAAAAAAACGAUUUUAA